UUGCAACUGCUCUUGCCCUCUGGUUUCCUGUGUUGAUGCACCCUCGCGCGCGCGUCUGCCACUGUGUGUGUGUGUGUCUUUUUGUGCCCUUGCCUUGUUCCCCCUGCCUCGUCCCCGCGCUCGACCCCGGUGACCGGCAUCCCGCCCUGCCUCGUCCGCGGCCCGCUGUGCCGCCCCGCCUCCGGCUCGUCUGCCGCCCCGGCGCCUGCUGCGCGAUCCGCCUGCGCCUGCAUUCCCCCCCCCCCUUCCCCCGGCCCAAGCCAUGGGUGUCAUUUCGCUGCAGCUGUGGCAGCUGCUGCUGGUCCUGGUGCCGGUCAAUGCGGCCAUCAGCUUCGCUUCGGCGUCCAUCUCCUUCACGGCCUGGAAUUUGAUCGUCCCGCUGCUGGGGUCCAUCUUCGGCAUCCCCCUCCGGGUGUGCGUGCUCCUGUCGGUGGUGACGGACAUCGUCAAUGCGCUGGUGCUGCUGGUGCUGAAUGUGCGCCAGCAGCUGGUCGACGGCAAGGUGGGCAUGCUCCUGUCGUUGGUGGGCUUCGCGGUGACCGCCACGUGGGCCCACUGCGCGCCGCACUUCCUCGAGCAGAAUGUCGGCGUCGUCGGCCAGACCCUCUACAUCCUGCCGCUGAUCAUGGCCACCGGGUUCCUCAUCCGGGCCGUGGUGGCCAGCGUGCAGGCGUCGCGGGCGCGCCGCGCCAAGAUCCAGGAGACCGUGGCCCCGGAGCUGGACACGGUCCUGCCGCCGCCGCCGCCGCCGCCGUCGGCAAAGCCGAUGGAGGACCUCGAGAUGCAGGCCCUGGCGACGGUGGCCGAGGGGAAGCUCCUGCCGCCGGUGGCCACCGGCCCCGGGCCGGAGUCCGACCUGAGCGACUACUCGCCGAGCUUCGGCUCGGACAGCGACAUCACCUCGGUCGGCUCGCCGGACUCCCUGCACGGGCCGCUGUCGAUCGGCGGGUCGGACGACCUGCUGUACCCGGCCGGCGGGCAGGUGGUGUGGCCGGCGGCGCGGGCGAUCAACCCCCGGCCGGGGCCGGCGGCGGGCGCGAGGCCUGGGGCCCGGCCCGGCCGCCCGGCCGCCCCCGAGGCCCCCCCGGCGCCCGGCGUGUCGCUCAGCUGGUGGGACAAGCUCCUGCUGCCCCAUGCGCCGCUCAUCCGGUGGUACGGCCUGGCCAAGACGUCGCGCAUUCCCCUGCGCCUGGCCCUGGUGGUGGCCAAUGUGUCGAUCAUGUCCUCCCUGAGUGGGCUGCUCUUCUUCGGCGGCGGCAUGGUGAUGGCCGUGGCGCAGGGGAUCUUCCUGCGGGCGGACAUCCGGAGCUGCGCCGCCACCUCCUCCAUGAUUACGUUGUUCGUCAUGCUCGGGGCGCUGUCGGCCCUGCUGCGCGACCCGACCGGCGAGAUCUACACCUUCGACCUGGGCAUGAUGGUCAUCGUGUCGGGCGUUUGCUCGACCCUCUUCACCCUGCUCGGGCACCUGUGCAUGCGGCGCCUCCGCCAGCAGGACCUCUACUAUGUGAUCAGCGCCAUUCUCUUUGCCAUUGGCAUCGGGAUCCUGGUGCAGCAGUUGCUCCAGUAGGAGGGGGCCGUGCCGGGGCGCGCGCCGGCGUUGUAUUCCCAUCCUUUCGCCUUGUCCCGCGCCGUGGUGGCUUCCCUUUUUUUUAUCCCCCCCCCUGUCCUUGUGCGGCGCGGGGAGGCCUGGUGUGCCUCCACCUGUCGAAGAAAAUACCGAUCUACCGUGUGUGUA